AUGAACUUCAUCAUGGUCGCAAACGUGACCGACAGCUCAUGACUCCGGCUGGUUCGUCAGCGGAACUGCUUCACGGGAGAACUGCAAACGAAUCGUGGUGGAGAAGGAGAGGAUGUUUCGAUCAAGUAUGUGACGGGAAAAAUAUCGCGUUCGCCGUGUACACGAAGUGGACGGUUUCCUAUGUAUGUGGCUUCGAACGGUGAUUCGCAGUAGUUGCAAAGACGGCCCACUAAAUGGGGAAGGUUAAGAAGAAACCCGAAUUGCUCCACCGCAGCAAGUCACGCAAUGUAUUACGUAACUUAAUGCUAAGAGAUUUCGGAUUACGCACAACGCAUAAAACUAGCACACGUGAAUUAGAACCAAUAGCUGAGACAAAUCUGGUUUUAAAGGACCAUAAGGAAUUGAAAUGUGAGUUACCUGGUGUUCCUAGAGCUACAUUCUUGAUGGUUUUUAGUCCUGAUGGGACCAAGGUAGCAUCCACCCAUGGGAAUCAUAAUGUUUACAUCACAGAAAUUACAACAGGGAAGAAUAUUAGAACUCUGUCUGGACAUCCACGUACUCCGUGGUGCAUAGCUUUUCAUCCAUCUUCCAGUCAGAUCUUAGCGUCUGGUUGCUUAGGAGGCCAAGUUCGCGUAUGGGAUUUAAGCGGUGGUAGCGAAAUAUGGAAUGCUGAGAGCCAAACUGUUAUAGCUUCAUUAGCGUUUCAUCCAUCUGAACGGCUGUUAGUCAUUGCGACAUACAAUGAGAUACAUUUCUGGGACUGGAGCAAAUCUCAACCCUUUGCUGUGGCUACUACAAAGACUGAGAAGGAAAAAGUGAGAUACGUGGCUUUUGAUAAUUUAGGGAGAAAAUUGAUCACAGGGAUCGCAAAUACGCCGCAAGUCCAAUCACAAUGGGAUCGUGCUCCUGUGGGUCAAUUACUUAGAAAUAGUUUAAUGAACUUAAGGUACCCGCGAGUAGGCAUGCCGGAUAUCGAUCUUCCGCCUUGGCACUUGUGGAACCAUGGCUCCGUGUACGGGAGAGGGCCGGCGGAUUACGCGGAGAGGACUUCCCGUGCGUACUUGUUCAUGCGCAGAGGCCUUGAAAUGUCUCGGAUGCGAUACAACAAUAACCAGGAGUUGAGGGGUGGCCUGAGGCAGGAAGAGGCACGGUUUCCACGACGACGAAAUCUAUCCGAAGAACUGAAUCAAACUAGGGAAGCUACGUCUCGUCCGAGUAUCGCGAGAAAUCUUCAUCUGCCCGGCGUCAGCCUGGACAAUAUGGACAAUGCGGAGAAUAGAUCAGCGGACGACAGUAAUGACGACGAGGCGUCGGCCGCCCUGGCCCUGGCCAGGCAACGAGAAGUUGACGCGGUCCGCGAGCAGUUACAGUUACCAUCCGCCAGGGAUCCCAGGGACGAAUUGUACGAGCGUCUGAACAACGCCUGGGUCGGAGUGGAUGAGAGAUUGCAGAGGGGCAACUCGCAGGAUCCGGAGAGGAGGAUAAAUCUAUGUUACAGGAACCUCGUCGAUCAGUACGUGACGCUUGUGAGACGUUACUUCGACGUCUCCAACAGAAACAGAGAUACGAUCGACCGCGGCACCGACCCCAUGGACAUACCAGAGACGUCGUCGUCCGCAAAUCCGGAGGAGUCCAGCGGCAGAAACGAGACCGCUACCGAAUCGUCCAUACGGAGAUUGAGGAACGAGCUGAACUCGAGCGCCCAGGCGAACAAUACGAAUUUGGAGAGGCUGCAACGCUGCCGGCGGUUGCUCAUGGAGCGCUCCGAGCAGGAGGAGAUUGGUACGACUCUCCAGAAUCUGAGAGAGGCACUGAACGCCGCGGCCGAGAACAACAGUUCCUGCUUGGUGCGACUGCAGAAGCUACGGGAGAGGCUACAGAGGCAAACCACCACUUUGUUCGAUCACUCGUACAACUGCAACUCCCGUCUGCAGCUGCUCCGCAACGCUCUGAACGACGAGAUCGAGGCGCUCAACAAUAUGGAGGUGCAGUUCACCAACACGAGCUCCAGGAUCGAGCGGUUGCGCGACGAGUUCACGAUGUACGGUAUUUUACCGCGGAACCGUCAUAUCGCGAGCGACCCCACCGAGCAGCUAAAUUUGAGUGAGGCCGAGUGGCGGGCGCUCGUCGCGAACGACGAGCCGUUACCCAGCACCAGUUCCGGAUUGACGGGGGACGAGUUGCAUCCGUCACUACCCGCGGGAGCAGCAACGCGCCGGAGUGACUUGCACCCGGAAUCCGAUGUAUUUCCCAGCUCGAGCUCAGCCGGCAAUGAAACGAGGAGGAACGAGGAACGCGGCGCGGACGGCAACGCGAGCGCUUCGUCGCGAGGCAACAGGAAUCAAAAUCCCGGAAGAGCUACGAGAAGACGCUUCGAUGCCACGGAUACCGAGGACGAGCCACCCAGGAGGCGGAAGCGUAAAUUAGGACCGCCUUUUAUCUCACUACCUUAUAUCGGAGAUAGUUCAUCAUCGAGCGACGAAGGUUACUUGGGGUCGACGUCGCGUAACGGCCCGUCCAACUUCACGGUUUCCAGUCAUUCGGCGUUUCAGCCGAAUGUGCCCAAGCUCGCCGCGCAACUGUCGAGGUCGCAGAAUCAAGAGGUGCCAGCUGGCUCUUCCAGAUUAAAUGACGAGGAGAUGGAUAGGAACGAUCUGUCCGAUAAUGUGAAUAACGAAGCGAACGAAAGUAACGUCGAGACUAACCGGACACUGAGAAUCAUACAGCAGUGCAAUCGUGCGCAGAGAAAUUUAUCUCUGCUCAGGAGAGUGCUAGAUGUUCUCCAGCGGCAUUUGCACGCGGACCGGAUGGAGAACAAUAACACUGUCCAACAAGUUUCGCUGGAUGAUUCGGAGAACGGGUAUUGGCUUCUCGAGGAGAACAGCAAUUCGGAUUCCAACCUAGACGAUUCGAGCUCCAAUACGAAUUCGAAUGCUCGCCGGUGGACCAGCCGAUGGAUACAGCUGGACAAUUCGAGUAGAAACACGGAAUACGCUAACAACGACUUGCCGAGCGAGCAAGCUCAAGAGAGAUCUCUCUCAGAGGACGUGGCGGAUCAGAAUUCAAACGAUACACGACACAGAGAUCCAAGUACUAUGCGCGAUAGGAACCGCUUAUCGCCCGUGUCACUAAAUCCUUCUCGUUACGAACAGCCGCCGUUGUUCCCUUUUAGAAGCUUGCGGGAAAAUCAGUCCCGACGGGUAGAUCAGAAUCAGACACCCGCGACCAGCGACUUCGCUCACGGUACUCCGUUUCACUUGCAAAUGCCCGACUCGAGCGCGACCGACGUGUUCGCGAGUUUAACGGAGGGUGUUAACGAUCCAGCGGCGAGAAGCGCCGACAGGAGUAAUCGCGAGAGCAGCUUCGCGAGCGGCAGCAACCGGCAGCGCGGUCAGAGAAGUCCGGACGACGCGGAUCUCGAUCUCAGAGUGCUCGGCAGUGUGGACCUGAGAGAGGGUUCACUGGGAGUUCGACAGGGGAUUCAGUUACUUAAUCGCCACAUCGACAAUAUGCAACGCUUAUGCCGGGCGCGGCUUGAGAUAGUUCAGCUGUGUCAGGUGCGUAAAAUGUGGGAGGACCUGCAGCGCCAGAUCCGUUCGUUGCACGUGACCGUUCGCGUGGAGAGGCUGAACAACAACAACGAUCAGACGGAAGCGCAGAGGGAGGCCGGUAACGGCAACCCCGGCGCGCCGUCAACGGCGUCCACGGCGUCCACGGCCACAAGCUCGUCCACGAAUUCGCAGAACGAGUCGGCGAAGAACUACAAGAAGGCCCUACUGGAGAAUUACCAGAGGCAGAACAGCGAGAACGAUCAGGCGAGGACGUACGAUCACAGCCAGCCGUCGACGUCACGGGGCAUCACCGAGAGGAGCCGCGAGGAAGAGUUUGCGACGUCGCCAGCGUCGUCGAGCGGCGUUCGCAACGUCGAGGAGACCUCGACCAACAUCAGCCUGUCGAACUUGUUGCCGAGCGACUCGGAGCUACGGCAGAUGCUGUCGCACAAUCUGAAGGAGAUGCUGGACGGCUGGUAUUCCCGCUUAACGUCGCGCUGCCAGAACUGCGCUCCCCCGUCCGACGGCAACGCCACGCCGCAGUACGCGACGAACGAUCACACGUACUCAAACUUAGCCACGACCAGCAGAGACGCAUCGCAGUUACCCAGCAUGUCCAGUAUCGUGUCGAACAUCGGUGCCAAUUCGAGUCUGCCCACGGUGACGGCGUUAACGUCGCAGCUGAGACCGUUGCCGAGUAUCUCGAACUUCGUCAGCGGUAUCGACCGUAACGCCGGCUCCACGCAGAUGCCGCGCGCAGACGCCGACCCUCCUCCGGCGGCCAAUACGAGCGGCAACAACGGGAGCAACGCCGACGAUGCUAACGCAAACUCCGAUCUGGUGACGCAGUAUCCGGUGAACCAGAGCGGUAGCUCGACCUCCACGUCCUCGCCCGAGUCGUCCUCCGGCGGCAGCAGGUGGCGGAGCAGACGGUACCAGAACCUGCGGCAGAGAAUGAACCUCCGACUUCUGAGAUCGUGGUUGAUGAGAUCGCGCAACUUGAAGCAGAGCCGCAUCGGGCCUCAGUCCCCCAACAAUCCGUUCCGCCAUUGCGAGAACGUUAGAAGACCGUGGCAUUUGCGCAGGAACGCGCCCGGCGGCAGCGGCAGUAGUAACGGCGAGCGGGACAGAAGGCAGACCACGUCCGAGUCCCUGCAGAAAAUUGCGGAGGACCUCAUGCGACUGCAAUCCCUAGUCCGGCAGCAGAGAGCCUUGACUCGCAGCGGCAAUGUCAACCGAGGAUCGGACAGCGACAGUCAGUCGGAGAACAGAGACCACGAGAAUCAGGAGAUGGAACAGAUACGCGAAACUACGAGAUUAAGAGCCAGACAAGUUCUCGGCCUGAUGGUGAGAUCUCUGAUCCAGUUCUUCGAAGUGACGAGGUCGGGGAAUGGUUCUCAGAGCAAUGUUCUGUACGAACAGAUGUACAAAAUGUACGUGCUACUCCACUUGGCGUUGGAAUUGACGGAUUUACUGUUAGCGCAGUUGGUAAUAACGAGACGGGAAUUGGAAUCUAGUCAGUACGGGCCUUUUACUUCCGACCUGUCGGUCGAUAAUAAUGUGAGCAGGACUGAGAACGCGCGUCCCAACAACAGCAUCGACAACAGCCUGCAGACGGAAAGCGGUCGCUCGAACGACACUGCGCAAAACAGGCGCAACACGGAGCGCGAGAGAUUCUCGAGGGGCGGUCGCAGCGAUAUACCGAGCACGUCUGCGGGUGUCUACCGGGGGAACGCGGAGGAUCUGCUCUCGGCACCGGGCAACAGGCAUCACCCCAUGGCGGAGCAAUUGAAGAAGCUGUUCUACACACCGCGGCACGCACGGGCGGGCACGCACUCGGGCAGCAACGGUUCGUCGAUGGAGAAUCAGAACACUGCCAGAUCCAACAACAGCAAUAACAACAAUGGUAGCAGCGAUGACAACAAUUCCAGCGGCAACGCUCGCGACAACAAUCGGCAACAGUCGAGCGGUAGCCCCCUGCUGUCGGAGACCAUGCUGUCGGCUGAGGUGCAGAGUAUCGUGGAGAGGAUCCAAAGCAGCAGCUCGAUCAACAGCGGCGAGAUGCGUACGAGGAUAGUCGAGAAUUGGGCGGCUGGGCCCAGAGACAACAACCCGCGCGAGCAGCCGCGCAACGAGAGCGACUCGGUGGCGCGCACCAGAGACUUCCGGCGGUGCCGCAGGAACGCUGUGGCCUUCGAUCCGCCGCCUAGACGGGCCAAUGACGAGCCAGCGGGUAACUCGCGUGAGAACGAGACGGCGCAAGUUCCUAGCACGUCCUACGCCUGGCCGGGCUUCCCCGUGGACGCUCAGCAGGGCAGCAGACUGUUGCAGCAGAGACCGCCGAGAACGGGGCAUCAGAGCGCCCCGCUGGCACGCGCCGCCCUGCCGUUUCGCGACUCCCUGUAUCCCAGGUAUCCGUUGAGAGACGGCAACAGUAUCGACUUGGUCGCCGGAGUGGACGUCUGCUCGUGGCGCAGGUUCCUCCACAGGGAGAGCGGGUCGACACUGCGACAGGAAUUCAACGUGCCCGAGCUGCAGGUCAACAGCAUACCCGUCAGCGACCUCAACAACUUUCCUCACAAUCUUCGCAGGAGACGGAUCUCGCCGCCGGCCAGCACCACACAUCCGCUGUCGUCCGGCGCGGAGACGAUAGCCCAGAGGCUGCUCAGCUUCGGCGUCGACAGGAAUGGCGACCGUGCGAAUGACUUGGCGAGUCAACCCGGGCCAAGCUCUGCCCUGCCGAACAAUAACAGAAAUCGGUCGUUGCCGUAUCAGUUGUUCAGCCCGGCGUUCUUGGCGGUUUGGCGAUCCAGUGCAUCCAGUGGAAUACGACCUGGUCCUGGUGGCGACGACGGAAACGGCGGCGGAGGUAAUGGUGGAGGCGGCGGUGGUAACGGCGGCAAUGGUGGCGGCGGAGGCGGCGGCAACGGCGGAGGCGGACAAGAUCCAGGAAACGACGAUAGCGAUGAUAUCGAUUUCGAUCACAUACCUGUGAGCAUGUUCAACACAUUGGAGAUGCAGAGUUAUCGCGUUCAGGCGUGGGACUUCACCAACGGUGACAUUCCCGAUAUUACGGAUCCGGAGAAGAAUGUGGUGGUGCGCGAAUGUAAGAUCCACAACGACGCCAGCAUCGACAUAUCUUCGGACGGGAAGCUAUUGGCGACGCUCUUACCUUCCGGUCGUAUCAACGUCACGACAAUGUUAGGUGUUUAUAGUUUGCAAUGGGAAACACUCGGGGAGAGGAUUUACUCGACGAAGAUCGAUCAGACUGUGGUAUCGGUCUCGAUGUCGCCCACGCAGCAGCAUCUCCUGGUAGGUUUAGCGCGUAGGAUUCACGUGCCCGCCCGACCAUUCCCGAUGGCUCUGAUCUACAAGCUGAUCGAGAGGCAGCCCGAGGACGAGAGGCAGGCCCCGUUGGAGCCUGCGAACGACUCGAGGGCCUCGUACAAGAUGUAUGAUCGCGCCGACGUCGGCUAUCACAGGGCGGACGAGCUCGCGCACAGCAUGGCCAACGCGACGAAUGCGACGAACAACUCGGCGAGGCAGAACGCGGCGGCUGACAGGCCGCACGUGCAAGAUUGGCGAAUUCGGAAUAUGAGAACCGAGCUGGAUAUCAAGAGUAACCGGGAGAGUAUGGUGCUUAUUAGAGAAUUGUUGCAAAGCAGUCGAGAGACCACCGGCUACGUCAGCCUGAAUUGCAUCAGAUGGGCGCCGCAGCCGGGCCAGGGGAUGGUUUACGCCACCAAUACCGGACAGUUGAAUAUUCUGCAGUGAUGCAAUGCAGUCCGUAGCAAUGAGUGUGUGUGAGAAAGAGAGAGAGAGGGAGAGGUAGAGACGGGGGAGAAGUAAACGCGUUCUCUUCGUAUUAUACACGAAUGCUUAUAAUGAAUGUAUCAUACGCAUAAGAUAUGUUACGCAAUAUCGCAGCUCACUGCGAAACGAGUUACUCUCGAUAGAUCGUAAGGACGGAAUGCUACUACUUGCGCGUGGUAAAUAAUUGUUAAUGACGUUUAUAUCACAGUCGAUAUCAAGUCUCUCUCGACGUGACGGUGAUAAGUAACGCGAGACUUUGAACGAGACUGCUCUAUAUUUGUAUUUUACCGUAUUCUUUUCUUUCCUUUCCUCCCUGCAGAUGUCGCCCCCCCCCCCUCAUUUUUUUCUUCCGCGAGUAAACCGAGUGUAAAAAGUUGCAAGAUGUAUAGGUGCGAUGAUUAAACGCGUUCGUUUAAUAUAAAUAUAUAUAUGUAUGUAUAUUGUGUAUGUAUAUAUAAUUAUAUAAUAUAUGUAUUAUAUAUAUAUAUAUAUAUAAUAAUUAUAUAUAUAUACAUAUAUAUAUAUAUAUAACUGUAUAGUUUAUACGAUUUUUCUAUUCCUUUAAUUUUAAACGCUACGUCACAUUUAUGUGUUUCUAUUUAGACUGAACCCGAGACAUAUGAUCUGACUAACUCUCUGCUUUCAGAAAGUUUCUGUUGUAUGCUGUAUGUAAUAGAAAAAAAAAAAACAAAUGGAAGGGGGUCGCUUAUUAUACAUUAUCAAUAUGUAUUUACUGAUCGAUGAAUGCUAAAAUGCCGUUAAAUAAAUCAUUCAGGAGGUACUCGUCACACCUUUUAUUAUAUAUCUCAAUCAAAUAUGAAAGAAGAAACGGGAGGAGCAAUUUGUCGUGCCAUGUACAAAUCUCGCUUUGUAUCACUUUUCCAGGACGAUUUCUCGCCAAAUCUCACUAAUUCAGGAUAUAUAUUUGUAAAGUAAUCCUGAGAUAUGAAAGUAUAACGUUUGUCCAUCAUCUUGAUUCCUGCGCACCGCGAAAGAUGAGGUGUUCAUUAAAAUUGCAGGCUCGUUUCUCUCGCGUCUAUAUCAAAAGUUUUGGUAUAGGAGAGAUAUAAAAAUGCAAAUAUACAUGUCGAUUGAAUAAAUGAUUUCAGGCACAAUUUUAUUUUUUUAUAAGAAAUUGCGUGUCUCUUAGAAAUUUGGCGGUUCGAAGAGAGACAAGAGAGUGGCUCCGCUUGUGUAUACAAUCGUCAGAUUCCCGAUACAACCGUUGUAUACAUAGUCGAGUACUCGCAAUAGUACAUCUCUUUCUCUGUGUGUAUGUAUACGUGUAUGUGUGUGUGUGUGUGUAUAAUCAUUAUCAAUAAUAAUUUCUUUUGCAGAAAAGCUCGCGUUUUAUACAUCUUCACUGUCGUACGUACGUACGCACAUAUCGCUCUCUCGUCGCCCACGUUCAUCGUGCGACCGCUUGGAGUCGAAGAUACGAAGCGCGUUUAAAAUCGAGAUAUUAAAAAGUAUCGGUAAUUUAUAUUUUUUACAUAUCUGAGAGAGAAACGCACUUUUUGCAUGCAACAGUUACGCGAAAGCGCUACGUCUUUUCAAGCGGCAACGUCAAUUUCAAAACGCAAGACAGAGAAAUCACUACGAUCAAAUCGUUCCUUCUGCUCGGCUAAAAACCGAAAGGAGGGAGGUGUGGCGGCCGAAUAUACAAAUUCGUCGCAACUUCGCGAUGUAUCGUACCCGCCGGGACGAUCGAACAGACGGUAAAGUAGUGAAAUCAGACAGCCUUCCGCAGAUUGUUUUAUACGUUAAAAACGAUAUCGUUAAUGUAUCAACUAUUUAUCACAAAUUCAUAUUA